AUGUUUGCUAGAAAAUUAAGGAUCUACCAAACUACGGGUACCAAAUUUGAAGAACUGAUAAGUGUUGCUACUUGGCAGAAGAUUUUAGUAGCAGUGCUAAUACUCAAUGUUGUCGGAUUCAUACUGUGGACACGCUACGGGCUACUGGAAACAAUAUACGACGAAACAAUGACAACCUACAACGAUAAUUGGCACGUAGAGGCCACGGAGACUCAACAGAAUUUGGGUGCAACGGUUGCACAGGGAACAAUUACGGACUACUGUCGUAUCACAGAAUGCAGAACCAUAACGUGCUCGUUCAUUCCGACUACCUCCGACGCUGGAAAGGUUGCAUCCAACUUCAUCGAAACUGUUUUCAAGGUUAAUUGCAAGAACGUUAAAUCAGUCAAGUUGUCAUUCGACAAGUGCAAAUUCUCGGCGAACAAGCUUCGAAAGAAUUGGCUGCUCACCAACGUGUCGAUCGAAGAGUUGACGCUAAGCAACUGUUCCUUGAACGAAAUAGACGACGACGCGUUUACCAAAUCUAUUUACAAGGAAAUGAAGAAAAUCAACCUGAUUAACAACAACCUUUCCUCUUUAAGAAAAGCGAUGUUUCGCAAUAUUAGCGCGUUAGGCGAGUUUUCCGUUCGAAACAACAUUCUCAAACAAGCAGAAUUUAAUUUACUGGAACAUGUAGCGAGUUCUCUCUCUAUUUUGGACUUGUAUGGUGCCAUCGAUGACCCGUGUGUACUACGAAACAUAACAGGAGGAGACACUCCUCUAAAUAUUCAGAUAUUAUCGUUACGGGGAAACACUAUACCAGUGAUAAGUCGCGAAUUGUUUGAAGGAGUACCGACAGUACAAUCUCUCUAUCUCGACUACUCGAAAAUCAUAACUAUAUCGCAGGGUGCUUUGGAACCUAUAGCUGCAUCCAUUUUGCAAUUGAUAAUAAACGACAACAACAUUCGGUCCCUGCCAGAGGGACUUCUCGAUUCGAUAUUAAAGUAUGGACAACCUUUUCACACGACGCUACACAACAAUCCUUGGAAUUGCGAAUGCAGUUUGCAAUGGAUGCAGGACUUCCUUCAAACUCAUCCCAACAUAAUGACCAGCGCGCCAAUCUGUUCCACGCCUGAUUCGAAUGCGGAGAAAUCAUUUUCUACGGCCACGUUUUGUUCAUCGGAUUCCACUACUUCGGUUACCAGAAGUACCACGAAAAGUACGAAGCACGAUUGGGGCCUGACUACGUUCGAAGCACCGACUACUAGCCAAGAAGCCACACCAGAAGGUAUCCAUUUAAACUGUAGCAUCUCCAACACGAUCCUCCAAAUGACUACUUUUCUAUCCACGGAUAUUCGCCUCCCGCCGCGUUUUCCUGACUUCUUCAUCCUCAAGAACAUGAAUCAUGGCGUGUUAAUCAACCUACCGGACCUGGAAGAGGGAAUCGUGUUGCUCUGGUUCAACAGCGAUGACGUCGAGAACUCGCUCAGCUGUGCAAAAAACGUCAAGCACACCUAUCUACUGCAGAAUAUCGAUCCACAGACUACGUACACGAUCUGUUUGCUCAACGAUAACGAUACGACCAUAUCCCCGUUGAACUGUCUGUCCGUGACCACGAAACCGACGUACAAUUCCAAGACUUGGUUAACGAACGCUGACAAGAGCGUCAUCUUCUUGACAUUCUUCGUGUCGAUGCUCUUGUUUCUCGUCAUCGGUGCUUUCAUAGCGUUCAUGCUGAUAAGGAGGAACCCGUCGUUGCUGCGCGGUAGCAAACGCGUAAUGCUGGUGAAACGCAGAAACGUGGACGCGAUCGUCCUGCCGAAAGGAGUAAACGUCGACGAGACAAAGCGAUCGUGCGGAAACGCGACCACGGUCAGCAACAAACUGCUCGAGGACGGAUACAUUACUCCUCUACCUCCAGCACCGAUGCUUCUCCCCAGAGGACGAGUGUCCAGAGUCAGUAUGCAGAGCGACUGGAACAGCUACAUGUCCGAGUUUGAGGCUACGGAGCAGUUGGACUCUUGGAGGAUGACAAGAUUGAACAACGAGUUGGAAAAACAGAAAAGCGAAGCUCCGCCCUUGCCACCCCCUAACUCGAUACCCUCUGUAUCUCUGAUACUGGACUCGAGGGAAUAUAAUUACAUCUGUCAAGACACUGUUGUUUAG